GCUCCCACCAGCCCCGCUGGCUUGGGGCCUUCACGGGAAAUUGGCCGCUGGAGGGCUGGGUUUGCCCAGGCUCUGGUCGUUCCCGGGUGGCCUGGGUCUUUGUCCCACCCCGGCGAAGCCAGGAAGCGGUUGGAGCCGAAGGAUUCAGGCUGCAGGGGGAGGAGGGAUCGGAGGCCCCGUCUACACUAUAACCACAACAGGGUUUUGUCCCAGUUUGUGACCCGAGUCUGAGCCAGUUGCUGCAAACGCCCCUCAGCCGUGUCUCUGCAGCCCCUUUUCCACCCCACGGCCCUUUUCCAUCCUCCCUGGGGAGCUUGUUUCCCUGCGUUCCAGGCUCCCCCAGGCACCUCCCCGGGUGGCCGCAGGCUGUCGUGUCCCCAAAAAUCAACCGCCGCAGAGCAGCACGUGGGGGCCAUGCACUCGGGGGCGUCCUAGCAGCAGCAGUGUCGACGUGGUUGCGCAGGCCUGGCUGCCCCUCGUCGUGCCAGGGCUGUGAUGCUGGUGCAUGCCACCCUCACACCUGCUCACAGAGCCUCUCGCCCUCAGCAGGGACCGAGCAGGGUUUUCUCACAGGGGGCUGCUGCGGCAGCUCCAGCACGGAGUGCUUGGCCGCGGUCUGUCUCUUCCUGCUCUCAGUUUUUCCCCCGCUCGGCUGACAUGUGCUUGUCAGGAGCAGGGAAGAGGCGUAGGAGGAGAUAGAUAUUGGCAGCACCAGAGCCUCCAGGCUUGUGUUACCCCCUGACUGGCCUUCCCCAGGCUCUACCACUCCUUCUACUUGAACAAAGGCUGGCCUGGUCCAUCUCCACUACACCCAUCUCGCUGGUUUUUCCAGGCUCCCUCCUCCCUCCCCUGCACACCUGUCAUACUGCUCACGGUCAGGCUGUGAGGGAGAUGGUUGGCUCUUUCCAGUGGUGAGAAAUGUCAUUCAUGGAGCACCACUCAGCUGAGUGGUAAGAGUCUCUGGUGUGGGAUAGGCCUGGCAUGUGUUCCCCAAGAACCUUCUCCACGUCUGUUUUGAAAUGGCAGCGGAAUUAGGUCACCUGGUGGAAGAAGCGUUCAGAUCAGUGGGUGUAGCGAGUACGUCGGUGAUGAGCCUGAGAAGUUUAUAUCGUUAGAGUCCCAAACCCACCAAGAUGAGGCUGACAGAGAAGGGUCUGUUGUCAUUUUUGUUGUUGCAUCUGGAAAGCAGCCGUAAAAGACUAACUCUCGGGCCCAGAGAGCAUGGAACAGCCUGGAACACGUGUGCGGGCCUUACACCCUUUCUCUUUGUGGCCGAUCUCUUCUUUUCUCCUUGCAAGCAGGCUCCGCAAUGGGAUGUCACAGCAGAGCAGCCAGUGCCUUUAACCUCUCCGACUGCCCCUGAUCAUACUUCUGAGGCAGAAAUGCAGCUGCCACUGGAACAGACUGCCAUGUGGCCAGAGGUAACUGUGGAGACGACUGUGGAGUCGCAUGCCACGCGACUGUUGACGCUAGAGGGAAGAAUGGGGAUGGCGGAGAACAAACUAGUUGGCUGUGAGAGGACAGUGGUGGAGUUUGGGAACCAGCUGGAGAGUAAGUGGGCCGUGCUGGGAACUCUGAUCCAGGAGUAUGGGCUGCUGCAGAGGAGGCUGGAGAACAUGGAGAACCUGCUGAAGAAAAAAGAUGUCUGGAUCCUAAAACUUCCCCCAGGCGCCCAGGGAGAAGUCCCCAAGGUCCCUGUGAAGUUCGAUGAGGUCUCAGGCUGUUUCUCCGGGCAGGAGUGGGGGGUUUUAGAGCAACGGCGGGAGGAGCUUCACAAGAACACAAUGAGGAACAACUAUGAGACGUUGAUCUCGCUGGACAAUAUUGCUUCCACGCCUGAUGCUCAGGCCCUGAUUGAACCCGGGGUAGAGCCUCGUGUCCAGGAACAGCAGGAAUCUCAAAAAAGAGAAACUCCACCGGAUCCCAGCACAGGAUCUCCCAUUUCUACUCCCAGCGAUAGCUCAUGGAUUAAACAAGAGGAAACGCCAUUUACUGAGAGUCAAGAGGGCUUGGUAGAGAGAGAAAUCCCUACAGAUCCCAUCAAGGCAGAUGAGUGGCAUCUUGAGGACAGUGCUGCCAUCCCGGAACUUCCCAGGGGGGCGCAAGGAAGCUCAGAGGAGGAUUUCCAGACACCUGCUGAGAGAUGGAGCCACGGAAGUCAGUGCAGCUCACUGACACAGCAGGGAAACCCUGCAGGAAGCAGCCUGGGCCAGCCCACUCCGUGUGGAGAAGACUUCAGCGGCCUUGCACCAGCCACUGAUCAGGAGGAAAGUCACCCAGGAGAGGGACCAUAUAUAUGCAGUGAAUGUGGGGAAAGCUUUGUCUGUAAGCAGUUGUUUGCAGUGCACCAGGGAGUCCACACACCAGGGGGAGUCUGCAUUUCUCCGGCAUGUGGAGAAGGCCUCACUCAGAAAUCCGAUCUCCUACAUCCCCAGAGAAGCCAGGUCGUGGCAGGUGCAAAGCCCUACAAAUGCUCUGAGGGCGAGAUAAACUUUAGCCUCAAAGCCAGCCUUCUCAAGCACCAGGUCAGUCACACGGGGUACACCUGCGCUAAGUGCAGGAAGAGCUUCAGGCUGAAGAUAAGCCUCCUCGUCCACCAGCGACUCCACGCAGGGAAGGGUGAGGGCCCGCUGCUCUGUACGGACUGCGGGAAGAACUUCACCCACCCCUCGCAGCUGGUCCGGCACCAGCGGAUCCACACUGGGGAGCGGCCCUACCAGUGCACUGACUGCGAGAAGAGCUUCACAGAGAAGUCCAAGCUUACCAACCACUAUCGCACGCACACUGGCGAGCGGCCCUACGCUUGCGCCCAGUGCGGGAAGCGCUUCAUCCGCAAGCACCACCUGCUGAAACACCAGCGCGUGCACACGGGCGAGCGGCCCUACCAGUGCCCCGAGUGCGAGAAGAGCUUCACCCAGAAGUACUACCUGGUCGAUCACCGGCGGCUGCACACGGGCGAGCGCCCCUUCCAGUGCCCCACCUGCCAGAAGAGCUUCACCGAGAAGUCCAAGCUCACUAGCCACUUCCGCAUCCACACGGGAGAGCGGCCCUACCACUGCGGGGAGUGCGGGAAGCGCUUCACAGAGAAAUCCCAGCUCACCAACCACUUCCGCAUCCACACCGGGGAGCGGCCCUACGCCUGCGCCCAGUGCGACAAGUGCUUCAUCCGCAAGCACCACCUGCUGAAGCACCAGCGUGUGCACACGGGCGAGAGACUCCACCGCUGUCCCCAGUGCGAGAAGAGCUUCCGCUACAAACAGUCACUGAACUGCCACCUGAAAAUCCACCUGGGGAACCACUGCCCUGUGGGCAGCGCCCUGUCCCCUGAGCAACAAACCCCAGCUAGGCCUCUUUGUUUAUGAGAGAGAUGGGGCAGGAGUCCCCGGGCUGGGAGCGCCUUGCAGGUUCUGAUGUCAUGUGACGUACAGGGAGGCUGGGAUUCCCAUUCAACCUACAGGAGGGUGCAGUGUUGUCAUAGCUGUGUUGGUCCCAGGAUACGAGAGAGACAAGGUGGGUGAGGGAAUCUCCUUUUAUUGGAUCAACUUCUCUUGGUGAAGGAGACAAGCUUUCGAGCCCCACAGAGUUCUUCUUCAGAUCAAGCUGGAAAGCUUGUCUAUUUCACCAAGAGAAGUUGGUCCGAUAAGAUAUUACCUCAUCCAUCGUGCCUCCCUACAGGAGUUAGACAUCCAACUCCAGGGCAUCACAUUCCCUGAGGCUGCUUGGAAAAUCGCAGCCUAAAACAACCCACUAAAUUCCUUAAACAUCCAGCCUACAGCUGGUGCUGGAUAACUAUUUUAUAACUGCUGGCAGUUUCAUGCCACCAUCCUGUAAGGGGUUUUUAAUAAAACUACCUAGUUUUCACAUGGCACUUUUCAUCAGUAGAGCCCAAAGUGCUUUCCAAAUUUAAAAUUAUUUUAACACGUUCUAAAUUUUGGGAGCCCAGCUGGAGAAGCCUUAAAGGAGCCUGAUUUUUCAGAAGGUGACUGCUUGGCACUUGCUUAAAAUCAGACCUCUUGGAGGCCCAAUCAAAAACUGAGGAGGCCCCCCAAAUCACUUGUCACUGCUGAAUAACAUAGGCCAUGAUGUGCAACUGAUUCCUGUUUAAAGUCUCUUUGGUAAUAAAUAUGAACUUUUCCCCCGGGGAGCUCUCAGGCUGGGAGGUGUUGCCAGCUAUUCAUUGGCUUGUGGAUAUUUGGAAGGGGUACAGGUUCCUCUGUCACUGUUGUUCCAUCUCAUUUUGCUGCCGCUCUGAGCCAGGAGAGUGAAGCACUAGACUAAAAUGCCCGGUGGUGUUGAAACGCCAUGAUCAGCACUCCUACCUAUGGGCCAGGGACAGGAACGGGGACUUCCUCCCCUCCCUGUUUGGAGGGGAAGGAUUUUGCUGGGUGGAAUGAAGCAGGCAGAUGCACAGUCUCAGCCUGAUGUGACAAGGUGCUGAAUGGUCUUCGUUCCUGUUGACUGCAAUGGGAGUUGAUGGCGCAGCUCAGCACUUUGUAGGAUUAGGCCCACAGAGUGGAGAGCUUAAAAGCGAGAGGGACCGAGGGCCUGCAGCGAGCAGCUGGAUGGAGUAAAGAAAGCAUGGAAGAGGCAGCACUAUGGGUGGGGGGGAUGGGGAAGAAGGUGGCAGUGAGUAGGAGAAUGGAGCAAAGGGGACAGAGAGGAGGGAUGGUGGGGGUGGGGGGAGAAAAGAGAGGUGAUCCUCCCAGGAAGAGGGCUAAGCUAGAGAGCAGAGUCCCACAGCUCUUAGCUCAGUCUCUGGUGAGGUAGAGCUUGAUAGCAGGCAGGCUCAGGCUUGUUUGGUUUGGGGCCAGUGGAAAAGUGGCCACAAUCCAUUCGGAUUCAUAAAUGAAGGGAGUGUCACUCUGGUUUGGUCAACUAGAUCAUGGGUUCUGAGUACACUUCCCAGUAAACAUCCUAAAGAGCUGCUGGGUUGGUGACUGUAAAACCUGGCAGGGUGUCUCCUGAAUGAUCCAAGCCAUGCGGACAAGGAGGGUUUUCAAACACUUUUGUAAAUAUCAGUUGAAUGAACACCGUGCCUCUAACUAAACAUCUUUCCCUUGAUUUCAA